AUGUCGAAGUCCGUAGCUAGACUGAAGUCUAUGAAAAAGGUUGCUGAUAAAAUUGAUCACAGUUCUAAAUUGAGAACUAAUAUACCUGCUGGCAUGGCUGCUGCUGGACCUCCUUUGGGUCCUAUGCUCGGUCAACGUAACAUUAAUAUAGCUGCAUUUUGUAAAGAUUUCAACGAGCGCACGGCCAACAUUAAGCAAGGGAUACCUUUGCCCACAAGAGUUAAAUUAAAUUCGGACCGUUCAUAUCAACUUGUUAUUCAUCAACCACCAGCUUCAUACUUUUUAAAACAAGCAGCAGGAGUGAGCAGAGCUGCUAUGGAGCCAGUUAGAGAAACAUGUGGCAAAAUAACAUAUAAACAUCUGUAUGAAAUAGCAAAAAUUAAACAACAAGAUCCACCGCUAGAAUGGAAGCCUUUGAAAGACAUUUGUAUUAUGUUAAUAGCAACGGCUAGAAGCUGUGGAAUAGAAAUAGUUAAAGAAUUAGAUCCAAAGGAAUAUGGAGAAUUUCUACAGGACAGGAAGAAGGUAGUGGAAGAACAAAAGAAGAUGUUACAAGAGAAAAGAGAAGCUAAAAUGUUAAGAACAGCUUAG